AUGACGAGCAAAGAAAAUCCGAUUAAGCAUAUGGUGAUUGACACGGGCGCAAUAAUUGCGAACCGCGGUCUUCAUACAUUAGCUGAUCAUUACUAUGCACCCCCUCAAAUUUUGGAUGAAUUGCGCUCUUCGGAGGCCCGCAGAGUUUGGGCAACUCUCCCGUUCGAAAUAACUCUCAGAGAACCGACUCAAAAUGCUUUGCGAGCUGUUAUUGAUGCUUCAAAGACCACCGGAGAUUUCCAAUCACUUUCGAUGGUCGAUAUCAAAAUGAUUGCAUUGACUUACGAUCUUCACGGACAGUACGUUUCCGAAAAGAAAGUCUCAGAAUAUACAGAAGAAGAAAACAAAAAAAUUAUCGAAGAUUUGAGCGAAAAAGUUAGAAAAGUUGAAAUUGACGGAAGUACAGAAGCCGACAACAAGCAAGAAAAAGAAGAGGCAGAGUCUGUGGUUGAGGACCAAGAGGGCCUAUCGGAGGGAGAUCACAAUUCAGAAACAAGCGAUGAAUCAGAAAGUGACGACGAGGGUUGGAUUACCGAAGAUAAUAUAGAAGAGACACUGAAGAAAUUAGGAGCGUUUGAGAUUGAAGAGAAUAUGAUCGUUGGAUGUCUGACUACCGAUUUCGCUCUUCAAAACGUUCUUCUUGCAAUGAAUCUCAGUUUGGUCUCGUUGUCCGGAUACCGAAUUCGCAAGCUUAAAUCUUUUGUUCUUCGAUGCCGGACGUGCUUCACAACUACUAGCGUUAUGACGAAGGAGUUUUGUCCAUCGUGUGGUCACAAAACCUUGCACAAAUGCGCUGUAUCUGUUGAUGAGGAUGGUAAGCAACAGUUGCAUAUCAACUGGAACCGUUUGGCAAACAGAAGAGGGCUUCGUUAUACUCUCGCAAAUCCAAAAGGCGGAAAACAUGCAGUCAAUGAACGCCUGUUUGAAGAUCAGCCAAUGCCACAUAUGCGGAUGGCCAAAGUUCAUCUGGACCCUCUUGCUGAUGGACCAUUUUCUAUUCACGAUGUCAACUCAAGGUCGGCUAUGCUCGGAGUUCGAACAAUUAAUAACCGAUCCAAACAAAGUCGCAACCCGAAUGAAGCAAAGCGUGGAGGGAGAAGGAAAUAA